AUGCGCUUCCUAAUCGUGCUGGCCAUGCUGGCAGCGGUGGCCGUCGCCAACCCGCUGAUUAGCAUUCGAGUCAACGUGGAAAGCCCGGACGGUGAGGUUCGUCCACCGGGACCGCCCGGGCCGCCGCCGCCGCCACCACCACCGCCCGGUCCGGGACCGGAUCCGGAGCAGCCGCCACCACAGCCCUACAGCCCGAACCAGCUGAAACGUGACGUGCUGCCGACCGACGCGGACGUGGUCUUCCCCGCUAACGAACCGAACCCGGCCGGAACGCUGGUCAACAUUGAGGUAUUCGUUGACAACCAGCGCCAGGGCAAUGUACCGAUCAUCCCGGACUAUCCGCCACCCCAGCCCUACUGA